CGACUACACACUGAAGUCUGAAAGCCCCGAUUCCCUUCACCAUCACUACUGCGAAGUAUGUCAUCUGCGAACGGAAAAAUGGACGUGGAUAGGGAGAAAUCCCCCGAUAGACGGUCGAAGUCGUCACGGAACCACUCGACCGAGACGCAUAGAACAAGACGUUCUCAUCGCUCUCGUUCACGAGACAAAGACAGGCGAGACAGGCGCGAUGACCACGACGACCGUCGCGAAAGACGCGACAGAGACCGUUCUCGGGACAGAUACAAGGAACGCGACGAGAGGCCUAGGGACAGGGACCAUGAUAGGGAGCGCGACAGAGACAGACGUCGAGACCGUGACGGGGAGCGUCACCGCUCUGACAGGGAGAGGGCAGAAAGCCGACACAGUCACCGCGACAAGGAGCGAGAUGAAAGAGAGUACAGAGACAGACGCAGAAAACGAGAUGAGGGCGAAGAUGGUACGGAUGGGGACGAGCGUUCCAAAAGGAAGAGACCCGAUGAGGGUCUGGAGGAGUCGUCGUUGCCCGCGCCGCCCGCGUCCGCGGGUCUUCCCCCGCCUCCACCGCCCAUGACGGACAGUCCUCGCCGUCGUAGGGACAGUUCACGGGAGCGUAGGUACGGUGACAGGGGCCCAAGAGCACGCGACCCUCGUGACGAAUUCGAUGACCUACCGCGCUACCGCCGCGACAGGGAGAGAGAGCGCGAACCGAGUCGCAAGAGCAGAGGCCCGUCUAUGCCUGUGGAUGAGCCCAAGGCAAUCACUCCAGUAAGGCGACCGUCCCCAAUCUACACGAUGCCUAGCGAGGAUCCCAUGAUGAAUCCCGAUGAACCGAGAGAGGACGACUCUGAAGCUCGGUCGGUAUUCGUCUCUCAGCUUGCCGCACGACUCACGGCUCGUGAUUUGGGUUACUUCUUCGAGGACAAAUUGGGAGAAGGCACUGUGAUGGACUCCCGCAUAGUCACAGAUAGGAUUUCAAGGCGGUCUAAAGGCAUCGGAUACGUCGAAUUCCGUGGAGUCGAGCAUGUCGACAAAGCCAUCGCUCUCAGUGGCACCGUCGUAAUGGGUCUUCCUAUCCAGAUACAGCAUACUGAAGCCGAGAGGAACAGACUUCAUGCAGGAGACAGCAAUUUAAAUCUUCCCCCCGGCGUUAGCGCACCUCACGGUGGCAUGCAGCUAUACGUUGGAUCGCUCCACUUCAACCUUACCGAGUCCGAUAUCAAGCAGGUUUUCGAGCCUUUUGGCGAAUUGGAGUUCGUUGACCUACACCGCGAUCCCAUGACAGGCCGUAGCAAGGGCUAUGCUUUUGUCCAAUACAAACGUGUGGAGGAUGCCCGAAUGGCUUUGGAGCAAAUGGAAGGCUUCGAGUUGGCCGGCCGUACUUUGCGCGUCAAUACAGUACAUGAGAAGGGGACAACGAAGUAUACGCAGCAAGACUCUUUGGAUGAAGCAGGCGGUGGUAAUCUGAACGCAGCUUCGCGACAGGCGCUGAUGCAGAAAUUAGCCAGAACUGACCAGACCCCGGCCCUACCUCAGCCAAUUAUGAGGCCUAAUAUCCCACAGGCUAUGGAAUCUCGCUCUGUUCUGCUGAGGAACAUGUUCGACCCCGAAGAGGAGACCGAACGUGAUUGGGACAAGGAUCUCGCCGAGGAUGUCAAGGGCGAAUGCGAGUCGAAGUAUGGCCACGUCGACUUCAUUAAGAUCGAGAAAGACUCUCAGGGCGAGAUCUAUGUCAAGUUUGACGCUAUUGACUCCGCUAAGAAGGCUAUCCAGGGCCUCAAUGGCCGUUGGUUCGGUGGGAGGCCCAUCACCGCUGCUUUCAUCUCAGAUGCUAUCAUGCAGGCCCAUAUGUAACUCGGCGGACGCAAGAGCAAGACUACGGUAUCCGAUGCGAAGUACUAAAUCACCCUCUUAUGAUACAGGUUCUCGAGACAUACGAUCGUAUAUCGACUGUUUCUGCUUCUAUG